UGCCUUUACCUAUGCUGUUGGUUUAUUGCCUCCAAAUUUAAACUGUAGAUAUUCUAAUAUAAAAAUUGUUUCACUUCACUGGUAGCAUGGAAACUAUUGGUACCAUUCUUCCUUGCCCAUUUAUGGAACUAACUACCUCCUCCUCAGAGCAUGUAAUCAAAUCUACAAUGCCAUGCUCCUAAAUGGAGUUCCCAGCUGCCUUUUUUGUGGCUUUGUUGAACAAAAAAGCCAGAAGUCUUUUGUGUGUGUUCAGAGACAUCAAAAGUGGUUUCAUGUAGGCACUUUUUUUUUUUGUUAAUUUAGAUCUUUAUUUAAGGGAAAUAUCUUAAAAGCUUCCUUCUGUUUCUCUGUCUCAAGUUAAACACACAAAUAACAAAGCUUUUAAUACAGUGUGAAUAAAAAUUGCUUUCCUUUUCAAUAAGGUUUCACUUCCAGUGUCAUCCAGUAAGUGCUCUAGAUCUUUAUGGAAGUGCCUAAGGCAGUGUUCUCAAUGACCAGUCUGUGGACUGGCUCUGGUUUCAGAGAUCUCCCUAACACAAUUUAGGAAGGCAGCAAGCUGGUCCCUGGUAUCAAAAAGGUUGAUAAAUGGUGAUCAAACGUACACAGAACCUGACUUCCUAACUUUUAAAAAGCAAUUUUUUAAUUUGUCUCAGGCCUAUUGUGUAAUCAUGAGGUGCAAAAAAAAAAUUCAAUUUUUUCCCCCUUCUGCAGGUCACCUUUUAAGUACCUCUAUCUUCUGUAAUCCUAGAAUCAUAGGACUGGAAGGGACCUUGAGAGGUGGUCCUGUCCAGUCCCCUGCACUCAAGGCAGGACUAAUGUAACCCCUACAGCUGCACUAACUGAACCAAAAUUGGUUGUAGACACAGUACUUGGGAAAGACUCAGAGGAUGGCAUUUCUUCAAAUACGCUCACAAAAAGUCACCUGCUAGCCUGAGGACUAACCAAACUUGUCAAAGGCUGCUAGAAAAGCUGCUGGAUGAGGGGGGCAGUUUUCUGCAGUGAGAUGGAAGGAGGAUAAGGUGUAUGGCUUUUGAGUGACUUCUCCCCCCCACACAGCACAAGCAACCACAUGGGAGAACAUACUCUGGGAGAGGCUGACCAAACUGGAGUGAAGAUGGACGUCAACUUCAUUAUGAGAUAGGAGGAGGAAUAGCUCAGGGGUUUUUGAAAGCUUAAAUGAGAGUUUGUGUGGUAGAGAGGAAGCCUAUGCAGGGUUUGAGGGAUUUGGCAUGGCCAGAGCUAUGAUCCAGGGCAAUGAUUUUAGCAGCAGCAUUUUGAGUGGACUUGUCUCACUCAAAGAAUAGUAGGCUGAAAAGAAGUGUGUUUUUUGUUCCCUCCCUAUAGCAGCUGGGCUGCCUGGGUCCCUUUUGUAGUGGGGUAACUAAAAUAUGAACACCUUUAAUGUGUUUAAUGAGAAGCUUUUACAAUGUGUUUGGUCUCCUGCCUGUAAUCCACCAUUUUUUGUUACUGAGGGUGGAGCUGGUUGUACCAAUGAGUGUCUGUUCCCUAUUUGGGGGAAACCAUAAUUUUAAUCGCAAGGAAUUAUAAGUUCUACGUCUAUUUGUAGAAGGAAAAUUAUGCCUACAAACAUCUGAGGCCUACCUGAAAUGAAACACACACAGUACACUGGAUGGGCCCCAUUUAUUUAGAAAACAUUUCUUGCCCUUCUAUAACUAUCAAACCCACAAUUUUAUAUAAUGCAAUGGGCUGUAUGUGAAUGUAAUCAGUACUGUUUUAGAGAAAUUCCCCCAAGCUAUACUUCCUUACAUCAGUCACUUCAUGAAGGAGUCCUGGUAUCUAAAUUGAGGUGUCUGUGAGCAUACAGCAGUCUUCUUAAAUGUGACUUACGUUUUGAAAAAAAUGAGUAAAUAAGAUGGUGCAUUGGCUGCUCCAGCUAACCAGGGCAGGAGGGGACAUUCAAUAAGCUGAUUUUUUUUUUAUAAGCAUGUUACAGGAGUACAAAACAUUAAACCAGAUAAUAUCUCCUAUCAAUGGUCCUUAUGCAGAGAACUGAGCGUAAGCUAGUUCUCAAUUUUUUCCUGUGUGAAGUCAUACACAGGGCAGGGGCAAAACAAUUCUGCACAUGUGCAAAUUCUGAUUGUCCAGGGUUUAAUAUGUUGUCUCAAAUUGCCUCAGUAUGAGGAACUGUGGUAUUAAAUUACAUAAUGACCUGAAAGAUGGAGUGAAAUUAAGUGGUGACAUCUGUGGGCAACACAAAUUUUAGAGUAGCCAGGAUGAUGGAGUGCUACAGUGGAAUGUGAAGAAUUUAACAAACCUAAAUUAGGCCUAAGUGGUUCCCGUGAUUGGUUCAGAACUCUUCAUGUGAAGGCACCACUUUAAAUCCAGCCAGGUCUCUAAUGACCAGGUGUGAUCAGACAGCUGGUUAGUGAGGUGUGUAGGAAACGAGCUCAGUCCAGUUUCUAGUGCACAAGCAUCCACAUUACAGACCCCAGUUAGCACUAAUUGUCUGUCGGGUAAUCUGAGGAACUGAGUGAACAUAGACUUUACUAUCCUUCCUCAUGUAUAGUUGGAGCACUCUGAGGGGAAGCUGGAACUGCUCCCACACCUCAUUUGUCUGACUUAGGCCUUGUCUACACUACAGAGUUUUGUCAUCAAAAGUCAGCUUUCGUUGACAAAACAGUGGAGGUGUACACACCACAAUACUCCUCCCGCCGACAAAACUCUCCUGCUUUGCCGACAAAAUAAAACCACCUUGAUGAGAGGUGUAGAGAUUUUUGCGGCAAAGUUGUAUUGACAAAGUGUCAGUGUAGACGCUGUACUUGGUUAUGUUGCUGUAAAUGGCUUCCAGGAGGUGUCUCACAAUGCCCAUCCUGACCGCCGUUUGAAUGCCACUGCCCUGCACCCAGGUACAUAGAUAUCAGUCCUCCCCACCCCCCAUUUAAAGACCUGGGAAUUUUUAAAAUUCCACUUCCUGUUUGCUCGGCAUGGACAACUCACAUUGCAUCUUCACAGCUGACCAGGGCGGCUUCACGCAGUAAAUGCUCUCCCAUGUAGAGCAUCCCUGAGUUGUUGGAUCUGCUGGCAGUGUGGGGAGAGGAGGCUGCACAGACCCAGCUCUGCUCCAACCAUAUGGACUUUGAUACUUAUGGUCAGAUUUCUCGUGGCAUGUUGGAGAAGGGCUACGAACAGGACACGCAGCAGGGCCAUGUGAAGAUAAAGGAGCUGAGGCCGGUCUACCAGAAGGCAAGGGAGUCAAACUAUCGCUCUGGUGCUGUGCCGAAGACCUGCUGCUUCUAUAAGGAGCUGGAUGCCAUCCUCGGCGGCAACCCUGCUCCCACUGCCAAGAGCCCCGUGGAUACUUUGGUGGGGCUGGAGAUGGCGGAGAGCGGACUCAACCCCGAGGACAAAGUUGUGGAUGAGGAAGUCGAGUUGGAGGAUGAUGUGGAGCACAUAGCAGGGUCGUCUGGUGGCAUGGCAAGCCAGGACCUCUCUUCCGCUCUGGAGGGGUCUAGCCAGUCCCAGCAGCCCGUCUCUGGUGUGCAUGAUGCAGGAGAGGAGAGCUAUGAUGUGGCCUUCAGGGGAACCCCAUACACACCGGCGGAGCAUCUCCGCCAUAUAAGGAAGUGACCAAGCAGGACACUUUCGAGAGGUGCUCCUAUCCUCAGAGGCUGAAAAACAAGAAUGCAAGGUGUGGAGAGAGACUUUAAAAGAAAAUUCUAAAAUUGAGAGGCGGGAUAGAUGGCUAUCCACAGUGUGCUGCUCUCUGUCAAUGUUAGAGCACCAAUUGUGGACCUGCUCUGCUGACAGAAGGAAUGUUGUGUGAACAUGCACAAAUCAUGUCAUUAUAGUGGUGUUCGAUCGUCGGUGUAACUUGCGUUGACAAAACUCUGUGUAGACAAGGCCUUAGUCUUCAAUGCUGCUAGCCCAGCACUUCUAUGAGCAAUGAAACUCAUACUAUUGCUUAAAAAUUGACAACAGGGCUGCAGAUAUGCUUGUCGUCUUGCCCAAGAUAACAAACAUAGGGAAAAACAGAACUGAAUGACAUAAGGGAAUCUGAGCUAGCUUUAACUCCUGCAGGAAAAAGAUGGCUCCCGACAGCUAAGCCAUAUCUGCUCAUUGUGCUGCAAUAGUUGAAGCAAAUAAGAUCGUAAACUUUAUUAGUAUAAAGUAUAAAAUGCAAUGAAUGGUCGUUUAAAAGGGGAUGGUACAUCCCUCAUUGGCUCCAGGUUUGGCAUUCUAAUAAUAGCUUUUCCUUUGUAUUAACGGAAGAUAGAGGGAGUAAGUAAGUGAGGUCUGGACUUCUGGCAAAAGACACAUCUAUCAAUCCUGCCUUUUGAUCAUUCUUCCAGGAGAAUUACUUUGUGUUGUAGAUUUAAAGGGGAGAGACUUAGAAGGGAGGGGGUGGAGAUCUUGCUCAAAUGUAACAUUAUCCCUUUGCUUUUUUGUCCCUAACUCUUCUGGUAUAUGUACACUUAUCUUGAUUUUGUUUAAUUUCACGGUUUCUCAAACAAAAGUUAUCUUUACUUCAAUUUUUCCUGGAAAACUAUUGGUGGUCUCUUGACUAUUAAGCUUGUUGUUGUGAAGUUUUUCUACUUCCUCCCCCCCACCCCCUUUCACCGGUGAAGUCAUCUUGUCUCUUCAGUUUUGGUUAUGUGUCCAAAGUAUGCAUGUACAGAUACAGUAAUGGAAGGUGUCUGGAAUAAGUUAAAUACCAGUCUUGAUAUUGAUGUGAAGAGCAGCUGAGUCCGAACUUGGACUGUCAUCAAUUAAAUAUGUUCUUUCUUAUGAA